GGCAGCACAGCCAGCAGCAGCACCCAGACCACCAUGGCACUCAGCACCCGCCUCGCCUCAUCUCUCUGGCCCACCCUGGCAGUGCUGCGCUGGGCAGCCCCCAGGCAGUGCCGAGGGCUCAGCACUCCCCAGGGACCAGAACCCUCAUUCGACCUCAGGGGCAUCUUCCCACCCCUUGCCACCCCCUUCUCACCCAUGGGGGAAGUGGACUAUGCCCAACUGGAGGGGAACCUGUCCCGCUACGCCAGCAUCCCCUUCCGAGGGCUGGUGGUGCUGGGCUCCAACGGGGAGUAUCCCUACCUGGCACCCCGUGAGCGGAUUGAGGUGGUGAGCUGCGUGCGCCGGGCUCUGCCCAGGGACCAGCUGCUGCUGGCCGGCUCAGGCUGCGAAUCCACCCAGGCCACCAUCGAGCUGACUGUCAACAUGGCAGAGGCAGGGGCUGAUGUGGCACUGGUUGUGACACCCUGCUAUUACCGGGGGGCCAUGACCAGUGCUGCCCUCGUCCAUCACUACACAGAGGUUGGUGAUGCAUCCCCCAUCCCCGUGGUGCUCUACAGCGUCCCUGCCAACACCGGCCUGGACCUGCCCAUGGAGGCUGUUGUCACCCUGGCUCAGCACCCCAACAUCAUUGGGAUCAAGGACAGCGGUGGGGAUAUCACCCGCUUGGGGCUGAUGGUCCACAAGACAAGGCAGGAGGAUUUCCAGGUGCUGGCAGGAUCAGCUGGCUUCCUACUGGCAAGCUACGCUGUGGGUGCAUCUGGGGGGGUCUGUGCCCUUGCCAACGUCCUGGGGGGCCCCCUGUGCCAGCUGGACCGCCUGUGCCGUAAGGGCCAGUGGCAGGAGGCCCGUGACCUGCAGCACCGUCUCAUCGAGCCCAACACAGCAGUCACCCGCCGGUUCGGGGUCCCGGGGCUGAAGAAGGCCAUGGAGUGGUUUGGCUACUACGGGGGUCCCUGCCGUGCACCCCUGGCCCCACUGAGCCCUGCCCAGGUUGAAGAGCUGAGAAACACCUUCAGCACCAAUGGCUGGUUGUAAGGGGUCCCCCAUCUGCCCCUUACCACACCGGGAAGGCACAGGAGUCAGGAACCCCAGGAACUGGGGACAUGGUGGGGACACCAGGACAUGGCUGCGCUGGGCCAAGUGGGUAAAGGGGACAACCCCUGGCCAGCCUGCAUCCCUGCCAGCCCUCAGGGGCCUGUUGUUCUUACCUGGGAAGGGGUGGAUCCUUGCGCCAUGAAUAAACUGGCUGUCCUCCGUGUCUGCA